AUGUGCAGAGGUGUCGAACGAGAAGGAAACGACGGCGUUUUUCCGUCACAGCAGAGAGCAGAGAUGGUGUCUUGCGAGCUCUGCGGUUCACGUGCCUCCUUGUAUUGCCAAGCCGACGAUGCUUUCCUCUGUAGAAAAUGCGAUAAAUGGGUGCACCAAGCUAACUUUUUGGCUCUCAGACAUGUCCGGUGCUUGCUGUGCUCUUCGUGCCAGAAGCUCACCCAGCGGUAUCUCGUCGGAGCUUCGCGCGAGGUGGUCCUACCGACGGUUGUUGGUUGGCCGGAGACGACAAGACAGCCGGGGCAGUGUGAUAAUAUCGAGGUUGAUAAUGAGGAUGAUCAGUCGACGACCAAGAUAUACUUUCGUGCUGGAUCCAUGUGA